GUUAGAAGAGGUUCAUAAUUUGUUUGAGUUUCAUAGAUUUAUAGUUUCGAAUAUAGUAAUGUUUUUCAAAUUCGAAAUGAAUAUGAAAUAUCUUCUCAUCAUAUUAGCAUUAUUGUAUUUAUCUCAAUAUGGAUUAACUGCAACACUUGAGUCCCAAGAUCGAUUUCCUGAUGAAACCCGUUUCAGUUUCAACAACGAAACUAGCAUUCAGGUGAAUCGUAUGUUUGAAGACCAGCUUCCAAAUAAUGCAGAUUGCGAUUGUAAGAAUGGAAAAUGUGUAGAAGAAGACGGAAAAGUAGUUUGCAAGUGUAAUCCUGGAUUUGGCAAUUACACCAGGUCCAAUUGCAAAGCUUGUGGAUGCGGGCCAGAUUCAAAUUGUAUCUGGGUAUCAACAGGGUGGUUUUCAUCUAAAAAAGUAUGUCUAUGCAAACCAGGAUAUAAAGAAGAGAAUGAAAAGUGCGUAGGUCCUUGCACUGAAAAUCCAUGCAAGAACGGAGGUACCUGCAAAGAUACAAAAAGUGGUUACGAGUGUAUAUGUACUUCCAGUUACACAGGCAAAGAUUGUACAACGAGAGCUACUCCAUGCUCGUCCAAUCCUUGCAAGAAUGGAGGAAAGUGCACAGUUUCAGGAAAGAAUUACGCUUGUAAUUGUAUAAAACCAUACAGUGGGCCAACUUGUGAAAUAGGCCCAUGCUCAUCAAAUCCGUGUCAAAACGGAGGGACGUGUACUGUGGAUGGACAAAAUUUCAAAUGCGCAUGCAAAUCUCCUUUCAGUGGGAAAACAUGUGAAACAGGCCCAUGUUCAUCAAAUCCGUGUCAAAACGGAGGGACGUGUACUGUGGACGGACAAAAUUUCAAAUGCGCAUGCAAAUCACCUUUCAGUGGGAAAACUUGUGAAACAGACCCAUGCUCAUCAAAUCCGUGUCAAAACGGAGGGAGGUGUACUGUGGAUGGACAAAAUUUCAAAUGCGCAUGCAAAUCUCCUUUCAGUGGGAAAACCUGUGAAACAGGCCCAUGUUCAUCAAAUCCGUGUCAAAAUGGAGGGAAGUGUACUGUGGACGGAGAAAAUUUCAAAUGCGCAUGCAAAUCUCCUUUCAGUGGGAAAACCUGUGAAACAGGCCCAUGCUCAUCAAAUCCGUGUCAAAACGGAGGGACGUGUACUGUGGAUGUAGAAAAUUUCAAAUGCGCAUGCAAAUCACCUUUCAGUGGGAAAACUUGUGAAACAGGCCCAUGCUCAUCAAAUCCGUGUCAAAACGGAGGGACGUGUACUGUGGCUGGACAAAAUUUCAAAUGCGCAUGCAAAUCACCUUUCAGUGGGAAAACCUGUGAAACAGGCCCAUGCUCAUCAAAUCCGUGUCAAAACGGAGGGACGUGUAAUGUGAAUGGACAAAAUUUCAAAUGCGCAUGCAAAUCACCUUUCAGUGGGAAAACUUGUGAAACAGGCCCAUGCUCAUCAAAUCCGUGUCAAAACGGAGGAAAGUGUACUGUGGAUGGACAAAAUUUCAAAUGCGCAUGCAAACCUCCUUUCAGUGGGAAAACCUGUGAAACAGGACCAUGUUCAUCAAAUCCAUGUCAGAACAAUGGAAAGUGUGAAGUAGAAAAAAUGAGUUUCAAAUGUGUUUGCUCUUCUCCGUUUUCUGGAAAGUUAUGUGAAACUGGCCCAUGCUCGUCCAAUCCUUGCCAGAAUAAUGGAAAUUGUACGGUUGAUGGACAGAGUUUCAAAUGUAAAUGUCCAAAACCAUACGAAGGAAAAAAAUGUGAAAUAAGUCCUUGCUCGUCAAAUCCUUGCCAAAACAACGGGACGUGUAAAGUAAAUAGUCGAGGUUUUGAAUGUGUAUGUAAGCCGCCUUAUACAGGAAAUUUAUGUCAAGAGGGACCCUGUUCUUCAAAUCCCUGUCAAAACAGCGGCGUCUGCCAGAUAGAGGGGCUAAAAUACAAAUGUCAGUGUAAACAGCCAUUCAGUGGUCAGAACUGCGAAAUGGGACCUUGCUCGUCCAAUCCAUGCUCGAAUAAAGGGAAGUGUAAAGUGGUUGGAAUGGAUUUCAAGUGUGAUUGCCCCCCUCCAUAUGAAGGAAAGCAAUGUGAAAAAGAUCCUUGUACAUCAAAUCCAUGCAUGAAUAAUGGCAGCUGUACAGUCAAAGGAAACAGUUUUAUAUGUGCGUGCAAGAAUCCUUUCUCUGGAGAUAGGUGUGAAAAGGAUCCAUGUUCAUCUAGUCCUUGUCGUAAUGGUGGUAGGUGUACAAUUAAAGGGAAUUCCUUCUCCUGCAACUGUCCCGAAAAUCACGUAGGAAACAUAUGUCAACAUGUGUGUGAUUGUAAAAAUGGAAAAUGUCGAGUAACAUCUGACGACGAAGUGCUUUGUGAAUGUCUUCCGGAAUACGGUAAAAAGUUAGAUGUCUGCGAAGCUUGUAACUGUGGUACUGGAGCUAACUGCACUUGGGAAGGCAGAUUUUUAGGUUUUAGGGAAGAAAAGUACUGCCUGUGCCCCGAUGGUUCCAAAUUAAAAGAACAACACUGUGAAGAUCCAUGCAACAGCAGUCCUUGUUUACAUGAAGGAAAAUGUAAAGUCAUUGGAAAAAUUUUCAAAUGCGUAUGCAAACCACCUUACACGGGACCAAUUUGCAAAGAUGAUCUUUGCACGGAGAAUCCAUGCCUGAACGGUGGAACCUGCAAGAUCAACGGAACGUCAUUCCAAUGCAAGUGCAAAACUCCCUAUUCUGGGAAACUGUGCGAGAAAGGCCCUUGCACAAAUAAUCCGUGUGUGAAUGGUGGCAAAUGUAGACUGGAGGGUAACUCUUUCAAAUGUAAUUGCACCAGGCCGUAUUUUGGAGAUAAAUGCGAGAAAGAUCCAUGCACUGAAAAUCCUUGUGCGAAUGGCGGCAAGUGUAGACUGGAGGGUAACUCUUUCAAGUGCAACUGCACCAAGCCAUAUUUUGGAGAUAAAUGCGAGAAAGAUCCAUGCACAAUUAAUCCUUGUGUGAAUGGCGGCAAAUGUAGACUGCUGGGUAAUUCUUUCAAGUGCGAUUGCACUAAACCAUAUUUUGGAGACAAAUGCGAGAAAGAUCCAUGCACAAAUAAUCCUUGUGCGAAUGGCGGCAAGUGUAGACUGCAGGGUAAUUCUUUCAAGUGCGACUGCAUGAAGCCCUAUUUUGGCGAUAAAUGCGAGAAAGAUCCAUGCACAAUUAAUCCUUGUGCGAAUGGCGGCAAAUGUAGACUGCUGGGUAAUUCUUUCAAGUGCAAUUGCAUUAAAUCAUAUUUUGGAGACAAAUGCGAGAAAGAUCCAUGCACUGAAAAUCCUUGUGAGAACGGGGGAAAGUGUAGACUGGAGGGUAACUCUUUCAAGUGCAACUGCACCAAGCCAUAUUUUGGAGAUAAAUGCGAGAAAGAUCCAUGCACAAUUAAUCCUUGUGUGAAUGGCGGCAAAUGUAGACUGCUGGGUAAUUCUUUCAAGUGCGAUUGCACUAAACCAUAUUUUGGAGACAAAUGCGAGAAAGAUCCAUGCACAAAUAAUCCUUGUGCGAAUGGCGGCAAGUGUAGACUGGAGGGUAAUUCUUUCAAGUGCGACUGCAUGAAGCCCUAUUUUGGCGAUAAAUGCGAGAAAGAUCCAUGCACAAAUAAUCCGUGUGGAAAUGGUGGCAAGUGUAGACUGGAGGGUAAUUCUUUCAAGUGCGACUGUACGAAGCCAUAUUUCGGUGAAAAUUGCGAGAAAGAUUCAUGCACAAACAAUCCUUGCAAAAAUGGUGGUACCUGUACUCUACAAGGAGAUUCUUUUAAAUGCAUUUGUAAAGAUCAGUUUGUUGGUGACAGAUGUGGAAAUGUUGCAGGAACUAGUUCUUCCACAACAACGGUUGAUUCCUCUAAUCUCACGAGUACUACACAAGAAAUGAGCUUAUCAACAAACAUGACUGACUCAUUCAAUUUGACGACACCUGUUGUACUACCUUUUGCAGUAGAAAAUAUAUGCGACGAUGAUGUAUGUGUGCAUGGAAAAUGUGAAAUAAUUGGACAUUAUUAUAGAUGCAGAUGCUAUGAGGGAUAUACUGGACUACAAUGUGAAGAUAGAAUUGAAAUCAAAUCAGAUAAACUGACAUUCUGGCAGAUUAUCCAAACUUCAAUCAUGUUUUUUGUGUUAGUUCUGUUAUCUGGGGUAUUCUGUCUCCUUUUGCGGAGGAAGAAGUGAAAUUCUGCUGGCCAACUAUGCUCCAGAUGAAGCAAUUCUACGAAUAAGUCAUUGAGAACCACAGAGAAAACCACCGAAUGUAUACACAUCCAUGGACUGGACGAGAUCAGGUCAUUUUUUUAAAACAACAAUAAAUACUGUAGUAUUAUGUAAUAUAUUUUCGAAUUCAGUGCAUUCUUUUGACCAACAAUAAAUAAUCUUUUAUUUUGUAAUA